UUCCUCUUCCCUUUCAGACUCUUAGCAAGAUAGAUAUUUACGGUCUGUGAAUAAGACACAACAAGUGUGGACUCAUUCAUCACCACACCACCAUUUACAUACACUCAGAAUUCAAAGACAACAGGAAAACCAACCAAACAUAAUCGAUGGCAAUUCUGAACUACUAUCUCUCAGUGACCUCCACAGCAACGCCCAUUUCUCCGGACUCAUCAUCAUCAUCAGCAAGCCAACCCGUGCCCGACCCGAGACAGAGCAAGAUCCUACUGCCCAAGAAGAAGCCCCAGAAAUGGUCCACUGGGAUGGCUCCCGGCGAGUACGGUGGCCCCCCAACCACCACGAAGCUCCGCAAGUACUGGGGAGGCGAUGUGGACCCUCUUGAAUCCGAUGACUUCAUGUGGAACAAAGAAUUCAUGGACCGCAUGAAGAAACUCAUUCAGGGCCCUGAUGACACUUCCACCCAAGUUGCUCCUGCCAAGGAAGUGCCUUCUGGGUUUCUUAGCUUGAAUAGGGUCAUGAGUCUCGACAGUCUAGAAGUUGAUUUGAGCAAACAACUCACAGCUUCUCCUGCCCAGCCUGAGUUGCAACAGCAUGUUGAGGCUACACCGCAAAGUUUGAAAAGCACUGCUAUUAAAUGGAGACACGCACCAACACGACGUGAGCAAGAUAAAUGGGCCAGAGCAACUAAGGCUGCAACUGGAGGCAGUGAAGUGAUGUUUCGGGAAGCAAGGCGCUCAAAGGAGGACCCGAAAGUAGUAGCUGAGCAGUAUAGGAAGCAGUAUUUCAAGUUAAAGAAGAGAUUGCAAGUACUUACACUGGGUAUAGGAGGUGUUGGAUUAGUUUCAGCUUAUGUUUCAUAUUCCCCUGAAAUUGCAGCUAGCUAUGGUGUUGGGUUCCUUGGUUCUCUGGCUUACAUGCGUAUGCUAGGGACUAGUGUGGAUUCCAUGGCAGAUGGAGCAAGAGGACUUCUCAAGGGAGCAAUUGGUCAACCAAGGCUAUUGGUUCCUGUUGUAUUAGUCAUGAUAUUUAACAGGUGGAAUGGGAUCGUUGUUCCACAAUAUGGAUUCAUGCACCUGGAAUUGAUACCAAUGUUGGUGGGAUUCUUCACAUAUAAAAUUGCUACUUUUAUUCAAGCUAUAGAGGAAGCAAUUCCUCAAGUUGAGAAAAUAGAUACAAGUUCAUGAUAAACCUUAACAUAUACGUCAGCAGAAUAUUCCAGUAAUGGUUAUGAUGCAGCUUGCAAAGAUUACAGACAAUGGUUGCAGUUGUGACAUGCUGCUUGGAAAGGAAGAGGUGUAUAUGUAGUCUAGUGAAUAGUAAGGAAUUGUUCUUUUUAUUUCUGUUCAAAGACAGUAAAAUCAGCCUUGUUUAAAUCAGUCUUCCCUAGAUACCAUCUGUCAGCCUGGUAUGGUUGUACGAUCAAGCUUCCCUACACAGUAUCAAUUGAAACCAAUUCAUUUUGUUCAAA